GGGAGGGGGCAAAAAAACUCCUCUUCUGCCACAUAAACUUAUAUCUUUGGUUAAAAAUUAACCAUGGCCAUAAAACCCCCAAGUAGGAGUGAGCUGAGCUCACCCCAUGAGUGCUGUCGGGCUGCUGCCCCGCACUCAGUCACUCCACCGGUCACCAUUCCCUCCUGUCCGCCCCGGGAUGGCUGCGCUGCCCUCCGCCUGUCCCCGCCACCUCCUGCCCCUCUCCCUGGGGCUCUUCCAGGGUGCCGUGGUCCUCUUCUUUGCUCUCUUCGUCACCUAUGACAAGCCCUCAGCACGGGCAGAGGAUGCCAACUUAGCGGCCAACCAGCUCCAUGGCAUCUUCCCCCUCUUCCAGGACAUCCAGGUGAUGCUGGUGGUAGGGCUGGGGCUUCUGCUGAUGUUCCUGCCCCGCUAUGGGCUCAGUGCUGUCACCCACAACUUCCUCCUGCUCAACUUCUCCACGCAAUGGGCACUGGUGCUGAAGGGCUUGCUGCAUCACUUCCAACACGGCCAGGCCCACCUGGACCUCCACAACCUCCUCACUGCCGAGUUUGCUGCUGUGACGGUGCUUAUCUCCGUGGGAGCCAUCCUGGGGAGGACCAGCCCUUGCCAGCUCCUUGUCAUGGCUGUCUGUGAAGUCCCCAUCUACUUCACCAGCGAGUGGGCCAUCAUCACCUGUCUGGGCAGCCUCGAUGUGGGGGGCACCAUCACAAUCCAUGUCUUCUCCUGCUAUUUUGGCCUCGGUGUGUCCAAGGCUCUGUUUGGGACGGCACGGCGGCUGGUGCACCCCAAGGAGACCCCAACACCCCGCUCUGACCUCCUGUCCCUUGUGGGUACACUCAUCCUCUGGGUUUUCUGGCCAAGCUUCGUGGCUGUCCUCUGCCAACCAGGAGAUGCCCAGCAUCGUGCCAUCCUAAACACCUUCCUGGCCAUGAGCGCCAGUGCUGUGACCACGGUGGUGGCCUCCAGCCUGCUGGAGAGGAACAGCAAGCUUAGCCCUGGCCACGUGCAGAACGGCAGCCUGGCUGGCGGGGUGGCCAUCGGUGCAGUGGCUGACAUGGCCAUGCUGCCGGUGGCCGCUCUUGCCCUGGGCAGCCUCUCAGCUGUGGCGUGUGUCCUCGGCUUCAGGUUCCUCACCCCACUCCUGGCAAGGAAGCUCGCGCUCCAGGACCAGUGCGGCAUCCACAAUCUCCACGGCUUGCCCGGCAUCCUCGGCGCCAUGGCCAGUGCUGCAGCCAUUCUGGUGGCAUCCGAGGACACCUCCGGGUCCCACUUCUCCCAGGUGUCCCCUGUCGGGGGCAAUGCCAGCGAGGCGGCGGGGGGACAAUGGGGGAACCACGGGGCAGGCAGGCAGGCACUGUGCCAGGUGGCGGGGCUGGCGGUGGCCAUCGGCGGCUCGCUGCUUGCUGGGCUGCUCACCGGCACCGUGCUCCGGCUGCCCUGCCUGGCCCAGCCACCCGAGCAGCUCUGCUUUGAUGAUGCGCUGUAUUUUAAGGUCCAGGAUCAAGCUGAGAGCUCAGGGCCGGGCAGUACCACUGAGGAAGGAGCCAUGGCUCUGAAGGAGAGGGUUUAAGCACUGGCGUGUGUGCUGCCACAGCAAGGUGCCUGGGACUGCCUCAGGGGUCGCACCUUUCUGCCCCCAUCACCCGCGGGGAACAGCAGGCAGGAGCUGGUGCCUGUGUCCACUCGCUGCCCCAUGCCCUGCUCCGGCCGCCGAGGACACGGGCAGGGCCAGGGCAGCACCACAGCACCGGUCGCUCCUCUGUCCUUCUACUCUGAAGCAUGAACCCCCUCCUCUGCCUCAGCCACUCCCAGGAUCCCUCAAAUCCCAGCAACCACUGGAGAAACAACCUGCUCAGGGUGUCUUCCCCCAGAUGGCUAAUAACCCCUGGCUAACACAGACAGUCUUGCCACAGGGCACUGGCCCCAGCACUGGCUGCUUUGCUCCCGGCGGGCGGUAUCACCUGCGGUGCCUGCCCCAACCCUCGGCUCCAGCUCCCACUCAGGACUCCCCUGCCCAUGAUGGGCAGCACCCGGUGAGGGCUGCCGACUCACUGCCUGUUCCAGCCAUGGCUGUGGCCUCAGCACGGAGCCCGGGACUCAGCAUCCAUUGCCUGGAGGGUGGAAAUGCAGCAGUGGGGUGCUUUGAGAUGAGCUGAGGUGGCCCCAGGUGAGUUUACAGGGAUAACCUGUGCUGGGCAAUCCACUCUCCAGGAUAGUUUGCAAAGGGAGGUGCCAGCAUUUUUUACCACCAGUGCAGCAAGCAGUAAUAAGGACACAGCCCAGGCACAGCAAGGAGCCUCGGAGAGAGCCAGGAUGCAGGGGGCACAUAUACCCCACAGCACCCUCAUCCCACCCUGAAUCUGGGGCCAGGAAAGCUGUGCUGGCAUCCUGGGACGCGGGGGGCCCCCAAGGAAGAGCAGCAGCCCUGUCUCAUUCCGCCCUGGGCAGCAAGCCGCUUCCACCCUGCGGAGGACAAAGCCUGCGGUCCAUCGCUGGCAUGUGGCAAGCUGCGAGUGCGGGGCCGCAUCCUGCCUGCAGAGCAAGGGCUGUGAUUCACAUCCCCCCCCAUCCAUGAGUCACCGCUGCCCCUGCGCCGCCACGGAUCCCGCUGCUGCGGAGACAAUGUCGGCGAUGCUCGUGGGCUCCCGAGGGGGUCGAGGCAACCAAACCCCCUCCAGCACCGGCCACAGGAGCGGGGGUCUCUUGGCACGGUUGGGGGUCCCCAACCCCAAGCUAGCAGGAGCAGGGUUGGAUUCCCACUGCCCGGUGCAGCCCCGGGCAGAGCCGACACCAAGAGGGAAUGAGGCUGGGGAAUUUGCCCUCCAAUAAUCACAAACAGGCUCAGGAGCCCGGGCGUGUUUGGUUAAUUGUUAGAAUAAAAUAUUGCU